UCAUUAUUUUGCUCGGUCGCAGGUUUCGUGUCAGCUGCAUCAGCUCGGAUCGGACGAUUUUGCUCGCGUAAAGGCAAUUUUUCCAGCGAAACCAAUAUUUCUUAUCGGAUUCCCGGUAGUGUCCCGUGUGCGUGUCGCGACAUUCCAACGACCCCCUCGAAGAACCGGCUAGGGCGCAAUGUGGCAAUGGCCAAGUUCAGCGGAGCGUUCGAUAUGAAGGAGCCACCACCUUGGCAAAACUGCUGCUACUGCUCGUCCUUCACCACCUCCACCUCUAGUGCCACCGGGGAUGCUCCGUCGGCCACCCUCACUAACAGUUCCACGACGGCGAAUCUUCGUCAGCAGCAGCAGCAGCAGCAAUUGCUUGCGUUCAAAACACCAGCCGAUUUCGUUAGGCACCUCCGCGCGCAGCACUGCACCGUCGAGGGCGGCUCGUACGUGUGCCGGUAUGGCUACAACGGCGUCUGCUCGUCGCUGCCCCUGGACGGCGUCAGCGACCGGGACUACGAGAUGCACGUGAACCGGUGCCACGUGAACCAGCAGCAAAAGGAGUCCCAGAUAAAGUGGUCCGUAUUUUCCGCGGCCCAAAACCUUCCCGCGGUGCUGAACGACCCGAGCCGGGCCAAGCAGACCAACUUCUUCACGAAAAAGUGGGGCGACAGCUUUGUGGAGCAGCAAUCGUUCGGGACGGUGCCGCAGCUGCCCGAGAUCAAGUGGGACCACUUUGAGGCGUAUUUGAAGCGGAUCGGUAAGCGGUACCGGAUUCACACGCGCAUCGCCAAGACUGCGCUUCCGAGUGGGGGUGAUGGCGACGGCGGCGGCACGUCUAGUCAACAGCCGGUGGUGAGCGAUCGGUUGCCGAACGGGGCCAUCGCCAACCUGAAGGACAUUCCCGAGGUGUUUUUGAAGCAACAGCUUGAGCUGCACAGUCCGGCCUCGUUCGGGGCGGUCUUCCCGGGCAUUAGCAAUGAGGCGGAGCAGGCCAAGCAGUCCAGCCGGAUGCUGCAGGAGAAGCUGAGCCACUAUUUGGACAUUGUGGAGGUGUUGAUUGCGAAGCAGGUCGCCGAGAAGUCGUCCGCCUUCUUCCACGCGAUGACCUCGCAGGACGCCAUCAUGGAGCAGAUGCGGGAGGCGGCAACGCACGUGUCGCGAUUGCGAUCGCGCCUCAAGCAGAUCGACGACACGAUGGUGCGGGAAUCGCUGCAGAUCAUCAGCUUGGAGCGGAUCCGGUCGAACCGGAACAUCGUGCUCGAGCGGUUGAAGCUGAUGUCGACGGUGCACCAGACGCAGCCGAUGAUCCAGCUGUUGUUGAGCACGCAGGACUACGUGGCGGCGCUGGAUUUGAUCGGGACGACGCAGGAAAUUCUGAGCCAGGAGUUGGUGGGGGUGCACUGUUUUAGGCAUUUGCCGUCGCAGUUGAGUGAAAUGGAGCGGUUGAUCGACAAGAUGUUGACGACGGACUUUGAGCGGUACGCGACGGCCGAUUUGAACCGACCGUUUGGGGAGUCGCCGGAGAAAGUCCUCGAGGAGGACAAGUUGAUUUGUAUUAUUUCUGGUCUGCUGAGGAAGCGCAACUUGGAUUUCAUAGACACGUACAAGGAGGAAGCGAUCACGACGGUGCGGGCGAUCGUGAAGCAGUUGGUCAUUGAGGUGAUUGCGUCGAGCGAUGCUGAGGUGUGUUUGACGGGGGCCGGGGAGGAGGCGCAGAGUUUGUCGCUUGCCGAGUGGAUCGUGCUGCUGGAAUCGGCCACGGGUACGCUGUUGAAGCUGUUGCAGCGAGUUCGAGCCGUGCACGACGUGAUGCAGCAGACGGCGGAUGCCAGCGCGGGGAAGAUUACGGACGACGUGUCAUUUAUGGACACGGAGGCGUUUCUGAGUGCGGAAGAUUACGACGUGGCGAUGGCAAGGUUGGCGAGUUUGCUCCAAAGUGUUUGUAAUUAUUGCCACGAGCGGUGCGCGAAUUUGGUGUCGAACCAAAGCCUUGAGCGGAGUACGGUUAGUGCGGAUCAGAUUGCGAAGCUGACGGAGAUCGUUGACCGGUUCAGCGACGGUUGCGAACGCGUUUGUGGCAUUCAAAGUGCCCCGUUGAAGUUGGCGUUGAGAGUUCAGGGCACGCGCUAUGCUCAAAAGUUCCACGCGGAACGAAAGUCCAAACUUGCCCUGCUGCUGGACAGCGAACGGUGGAAGCAAGCGGAAGUCCCCGCCGAGUUCCAAAAGAUGGUCGUGCACAUCUCCAAGGGCAACUUCCUGUGGAGCAAAACCAUCCAGCAGAACGGAACUCCCAUUCAACCUCCACCCCCUCAAGCGGUACUCAUCAUAGACGGCGAACCGUUUGCCCUGGUCGGAGCCGCCCUUCUCCUAGUUCAAAUCGUCAGCGAGUACUGCCGCUGUGCCUCCCAACUUCCGGUCAUCGCACCCCAACUCGCCCGCAACGUGAUCGACCUCCUUCGCACGUUCAACUCGCGCUCUUGCCAGCUGGUCCUCGGCGCCGGCGCUCUGCACGUGGCCGGCCUCAAAACCAUCACCAGCGGCAACCUGGCCCUCGUUUCGCGCGCCCUCCAGCUAGUCCUGUGGCUUCUUCCCCACGUCAAGCACCACUUCCAAUCGCUCGAACCGAACGGCAGCACCUCGACCAUCCUCACCGGGUAUGACUCGAUCGAGAAGGACUUUGGCUCGCACGUCAAAGAAAUAGAAAACAAGGUGCUCGCCAUCGUGUGCGACCUCGUCACCGGCCAGAUGGCCAACUGGGACGCCCGACCGCCCGUCCCGUCCCAGUCGUUCCGCAACAUCAGCCGCCAGUUCGUGAAGCUGCACGAAGCGAUCGCGUCGAUCCUGCCGGAGAAGCAGGUCGCCACCAUCUACCGGGUGGUGCACAAGAACUUCAAGGACAAGCUGCGGGAACAGCUGCUGCGGAACAACAUCACCAACAACGGGGGGCCGCAGCACGGGACGGUCGUGUCCGAGUUGACGUUUUACAUGGAGACGUUGCGCACGCUGAAGGCGAUGCCCGCCGAAGAGUUGAGGGACGAGACGUUGGACGAUAUUUGGUUGAAGUGAGAGGGGGGGGUUUGUAGAUUUCAGUUUGAUGUUUGUUUUUUUGUUUGGUUUUAUCACCGUGCAAUGGUACCUCAUUAAUGUUAGUGUUGAAGUUGAAAGCUUGGCGCAGUUGCUUACAUUAUGUUGGUGAAAGCAUUUUUAUUUUUCUGGAAGGCUCGUGUGUGUCGA